CGCUAAGAAACGCGUGCCGAGACGCGUCUAGCGCUGUCGCCCAUCCAAACAGUGGCCGGGGCGCCGCCGUUGAACGUUUCCAUGACCUUGAAGAACUCUCGGCAUGCAAGGUUAUGUGAAUGUUCCGACCCUGACGACGUCUGCGCCCACGUCCACGCCCACGCUCAUGUGCGCCACAUAUCUCUGUCCAUCACAGCUGUAUUAGUAUAAGAGGUAGCUGCAAGAAAACGGACAGACAGUCACAAUGCCUCUGCAAAAGUCCUUUUCCGAGCAGAACAGGCCGGCACCAAAGCGUCCUCAAUGGCAACGGUCGAGAAGCAAUCCCAAUGCCCAGGCCCAGGCCCAGGCCCAAGCUGCUAAAGCUGCCUCUCGGCCACUGGCGCCCGUGUCCGAGUCAACCAAGAACAAGCUACUCGCCUUCCAGUUCGAGCCUCCAUCCCCAGAGGCUGGCGACGACCCUGUUGCCGUGGCCCCAAACCUGCCCAAUGGUGCUGGCGACCCGGCCAAAGAAGGGGGUAACAACAUCAAGAAGGGGCUGGCCCCGGGCAAGACAUCACCGCGUCGUCUUGGCCGACCAGACCCCGCUGUUGCGCCUGGGCCUGGCUCCCGCCUGACCUGGCAGGAUCUGCUGGGCGUCCAGGAACUCCCCAAGGAAGACGACGCCGCUUCUCCCAGCGAGAGAAUCAUAUGGCGGACCGACCACGGCGCCCAGCUCCCGCCCGCCAUGUCUCCCAUGCUCGCUCGAAAGGGCCGGAAACGUGUGAGGAGCUCGUCGCCCGCAUCGUCGCCGGCCUCCAAGUCUGUCACCCCGGCCAUCGACGCCAAGAAAUUGGCCAACGUCCUCAGAACCCCUCGCGCCGAUCCUGCAUCCGAACUGUGGGAUCGUUUUGCCCUUCCCGGCACAGAUGCCAGCCCAUCUAGCGCAACCAACCCGCUCCUCGCCCAGCUCAUGGUAUCUUCCUCCCCUCGCCCCUCCAGGGACGGCGCUGCACCCGGGAGCACUAGGUCACUCAGGAAAGCCAUGAGCUGCGGCUCUCACUGGCCCAAACGGCGCAAAACCGAUCGCAACGAAGAGCAAGGAGCCGCCUCCCAGGGUAGCCCCCGCCGCAAUGCUAAAUCCUCCUUGGUGUCAGCUCUGCUGGAAACAGUUGAUGGCCAAAUACAGAGAUCAAAAUCAGCCGAGGCCGCAGCACAGCAACCAAAGUCCCCAUCGUCGCGGAAGCGAUCGCUCCUGGGAAGGCGGACAGAGCCCAAGACUCAGAAUGUGGUGUCGCCUUGUCGUCCGACCUCCAGGGGGGGAUUGCUGGACCACAGAGCCCCAGUGCUGGACAUUGAGGCGAACGGCAUUGACAACCACCAGCCCGCAGCGGUAGCAGAUAGCCCGUCCUCAGACUAUGGCGACAUUGAUUUUGACGACAACACACUUAUGGAGCUCGAUGCCACUUUAGUAGUGGCGGAAGACGACAACCAAGACAAUACGCUAGUCCCAGUACCCGCACAUGAAUCGGCUGGCUCGGCGACUGCUGACGACGACUUCGGAGAUCUGGAUGAUAACCUGUUUGACGGGGCCGAAGACCUAGUGGCGGAAGUGGAAUUCAAGCAUUUCUCACAAGCAGCCUCUCAAGGCCAGAAGUACGACAGGCCACAGCAAAUCGACCGGGGGGUGAGCAAAGACUCGUAUGGGGAUGAUUUUGGCGAUGACUUUGGCGAAGACUUUGACUUUGAGGCGGCGGAAAUGGCAGCAACACAAUCGGCCGUACAUGCCCGAACCUCGUCAUCUCGUGUACGUACAUUUCGAUAGCCACUUCGAUGAAGCAUCGUGCUAAAAGCCUCAAAAAUAGUCGACUCAAAAACCCAAGGCGAUCCAGAGAUAUAAGAUAACGAACGUCCUCGAGAGCUCGUACACAGAUGACCGUGGCCGUGAACUCCCCGAAAAGGUAUGAGAAGCCGUCGCGGCCUUGCGCUAGAGAGAAGUAUAUAUUUGCUAACGCGCCUUUUUUUC